UAAAUACAUUAUACAUAUGGCUUUUACUCCGUGAUUUUGAAAUUCUGAAUCCGUCUGUGAUCAGGGAAUGAUAUUACUAACACUAUCAGCAUCAAUAGACAGCUUAAGACCACCACAAUGCACAAAGAGGCCAUGUACUCCAUCAACAAAUACUCAAACAUCUUUUCUCUAUGGAGCACUUUAUCUCAUAGCACUUGGGACAGGUGGCAUCAAACCAUGUGUUUCAACAUUUGGAGCUGACCAAUUUGAUGAAUUAGACAAGAAAGAAUCACAAAAGAAAUAUGCAUUUUUCAAUUGGUUCUUUUUUGCAAUCAACAUGGGUGCAUUAUUGGGAAUAACACUAUUAGUUUAUGUGCAACAAGAAAAAGGAUGGACUUGGGGUUUUGGUGUGCCAACAAUAGUGAUGUUUACAUCAAUUGUUGUUUUAAUUGUUGGGUUUAAGAAAUAUAGGUAUAAAAAACCUAUGGGAAGUGUGUUUACAAGAUUUGUUCAAGUUAUUGUGGUUUCUAUUAGAAAUCAUUUUAGAGGUGUUGUGGUGGUCAAUGAAAGUGAAUUGUAUGAAAUGAAGACCAAAGAAAGUGAUUUUUUUGGUGCUAGAAAACUUCCUCAUACAAAACAAUACAGAUUUUUGGAUAAAGCAGCAGUAGUAACAGACCAUGAAAUAAUCACCAACAAUAAAUGGAAAUUAUGUACAAUAACACAAGUUGAAGAAUUUAAAUCCUUCAUAAGAAUACUUCCAAUUUGGGCCUCAACAAUUGCACUUUCAAUUUCAUUUGCCCAACUCUCAACAUUUUUCCUAACCCAAGCCAACAUCAUGGGCCGAAAACUAGGCCCACAUUUCACUAUCCCGUCCGGUUCCGUCCCGGUCUUCACCGCCCUCAACGGGCUCCUCCUCGUCCCGAUAUACGAGAAAUUUGUGGUCCCGUACCUCCGUUCCAAGACGGGGCACCGACGUGGCAUCACGUCGUUGCAACGUAUAGGUGUUGGCUUAUUCGUGUCAAUUUUUGCCCUAAUGUCAGCUGCAUUGGUUGAGAGAAUGAGACGUACACACCCUAACCCUAAAGGGUUGAGCGUAUUUUGGUUAUUUCCACAAUUUUUCCUUAUCGGUAUCGCUGAAGUUUUUUCAUACGUAGGUCAAUUGGAAUUUUUUUACGAUGAAGCGACCGAUGGUACGAGGAGUAUAAGUAGUGCAUUAUUUUUAAGUGAAAUUGGAAUUGGGAGUUGGUUAAGUUCAGCCAUAGUGAAAAUUAUUCAAAGUGCAAGUGGUGGUGUAGAGGAAGGGUGGAUUAGGAAUAAUCUUAAUAAUAGUAAAUUGGAUUAUUUUUAUUGGAUAUUAACAGCAAUAAAUGGAGUUAAUUUUUUGGUGUAUUUAAUUGUUGCAUGGAGGUACAAGGGGAGAAAUUAUGAAAGAGGAACAAUUAGAGAUGAGUCUAAUUUAAUUGGACUUGAUGGUCAAUUCAAAAAGGAGAAUGAUACUAGGGAAUUUUCUAGUAUGGCCUCUUGAACAAGGUGGCACGUGACGUCUAUCGGAAACAAUAUUUUCUGUUCCAUAAAAAUAUAGAUGAGUUUGAAUACAGAUCGAUCUAUAAGAUUAUACUGAAUUUAUUGCUGUUGUUUUUAUUGUAAGCCUCUGGAAUGAGGUUUAAUUUCUAAGUACGGAAAGUCGAGAAAAUUAAAGAUCUUAUUUUUUUUUUAUUCAUUUUAAAGCACACACGUUGUUUAUUUUUGUUUUUGUUUUCUUUUGAAUAUUCUACAGAUAUUUAUAUAUGAUCAAGCUUUAGAACGUGAUGAAUUGAUGUAUUCAUUCUCUGCUUCUUUUUCUUUCUAAAAUACUUGUUAUGUUUUUAAAUUUUGAAUUUAUUUUAUUCUCAAAGUUAAAUAGGAUUAGAUUUAGAUAUUCGGAAUUAAAUAUUAGAAAUAACAAUUUCUUUUAAUAUUGAAAUGGCAAAAUAAAUAAAUAAAUUUUAAAUAUUGAAGAACUUAAACAUUCAGAUACAUUCUUUUAUACUUAUUAUGCCUCCAAACAAAAUAUUUUAUUAAAAUAAAUAAUAAUUUCUUAUUUUUCUUGAAAUAUUAAUCCUAAAUCUAUAAUAUGAUAAUUUGUGUACUUUUCCGAUAUAUAUUCUAAAAGGGAUAACCCCUAAAAAAAUCCAAUAUUAAAAAUUUCUAAUCCAAAAAUAAUUUGGUUAG